AUGAUCGCCACAGUCCUCCUUAUCAUCAUCACGCUCUUCGUGCCACCCAUCGGCGUCUUCCUUGUCGCAGGAUGUGGAGCUGAUUUGCUCAUAAACAUCUUGCUCACGCUCUUGGGUUACUUCCCUGGUCACAUCCACGCAUUCUACGUUGAGUACGUCUACUACAAGCGCCGCGACGAGGCACGCGCAGGCAUCUACGACGCGCGGCCAGCUGCCGGUGUGUACAGCGAAAGGGUCCAGAAUGGAGGACGAGGCUAUGGGACUAUGGCCGCUACUGCUUAG